AUGAUUAAGCUGGAGACAAUCCAGACCAACAUGAAGAAGGCCUGGGACCGUCAGAAGAAGUAUGCAGAUCAAUCAAGAAGAGAGGUAACUUUUGAGAUAGGAGAUUGGGUCUAUUUGAAGGUUACUGCACAGAAAGGGAAGGACAGAUUUGGCAAGGUCGGGAAACUUGCAGUCAGGUUCAUUGGCCCGUACAAGAUCAUCGGGAAAGUUGGUGAGGUAGCUUACCAUUUGGAUCUGCCAGAGGAUAUGCGUCUACAUCCUGUAUUCCAUGUUUCCAUGCUUCGGAAACAUAUACGGGAUCCAAGUGCUGUUGAACCCGAGAGACUAGAGGAGUUGAGGACAAACCUUACGUAUCCGGAAGAACCAAUCAGAUUGGGAGAACGGCGCAUUCGGAAGCUAAAGAAUCGUGAGAUUGCUAAAGUGCAAGUAUUCUGGGGAAGACAAAACAGGAUUCAUGUUACUUGGGAGGAUGAGGCGCGAUUUAAAACUGAUCACCCAGAGUUCUUCCGAGAGGAUGUUGUGAUGGAAGAAGGAGGCCCCUCAGACCCUCAGAAUUCGAGGACGAAUUCUGUUAAGGGGGAGGAGAAUCUUGUCCGAGCUAACACAACGUCAAGUUGGGGUACGGGUUGA